AUGCGGAGUGCCAGUCUUACAAUUGGCGAACACAAGCGAGAAAUUGGGGAUCACCUUUACGCGAGAUCGACGAUGAUCUUCAUUUUAUGGAUUGUUCGACAGAUGGGACGUGCUGUUUUCUCUGUUGAAAAAACCGGUCGCGCCGUGCGGUUUGCAUCGUUUUCGGUAAGGCUGCUUUCCCUUGAGAGAAUCGGUGGACCUGUGGAUAGCAGAUCUGAGAUGUUGAUCUCUAAAUUUCGAGACGGGUGCUUGGUCUCCGUCGGGCAUCAGACCCCAGAAGAUUACGCAGCGGUUGCAGGAAAAACCGACCCUCCUCGCCUGGCAACGUUUUGA